AUGCCAAAGAAAGCCAGACAAACAUUAGAGCAGAAACGAGAGUGCGAUCGAUUACAAAAACAAAGAAAGUAUGCAGAAAUUAAGGAAGAUCCUGAAAAGUUAGAUUCCAUGAAAACUGGCUCGGGAGUUCAAGAUAUUUACUGUCCAAAGCUUUGGUACUACGAAUACCUUACAUUACUUGAUGAAAAAGAUCUUUCACAAAGAACUGGUCAGGAUAGCUUGGAUGAUGGUGCUGUCAGUAGUGGAAGUUCAUCUGAGAAAGUGCUUGAAGCAUCAUAUGAAUUGUCGCUACUCAUUGCAAAGGCCAAAAAAAGCCAUACUAUCGGAGAAACACUCGUCAAACCCUGCUUACUGAAAGCAGCUGAUAUCGUUCUUGGACCAGAAACUAAACAAAAAUUUUCACAAAUACCUCUUUCUGACAACACUGUUAAACGUCGCAUUGAUGAUAUGGCUGAAGAUAUAAAAAAUCAGGGUGGAGACUCGAACAUAAUUCAUUAUCGGGAUGCUAUCACAGCAUACACUGAGAAGUUGCAACUGUGGAAACGCAAAAUUUUGGCGUCUAACUAUUCCUGCUUUCCUAAAUUACUUGCGAUCACAGAAGAAGCGUGUUUUAAGGAGAUUUUGGAUGUAAUUGAUACCAAGAAUCAAAUAUCAAACCAUUUGCAACACCUCACGGACGAAUUCAAGCGCUACUUUCCCGACACGUGCAACAAUAUUAUGUACCGAUUAGCGACCGAUACUUUUCACGUCGACAUAGACAUGCUGCCAGAUACAUUACAAGAGCAAGCAUUAGAAAUCAAAAAUGAUUCUGAUUGA